AUGCUCACUCAAGAGCAGAUUGUGGUACCAUCGGAUACGUCGACUGUGUCCAAGUCGCGGAGCAGAUCUGGAAGACACGGUGCUGUCGAUGCGGGACGGCACAGGCAGUCUUCAGGCUCCGCGAACCCUACAGUCUCUGCGAAGCCGCGGAAGAAGUCUAGGAGAAGCUCUGCAACAAGCGCAGAAUCACACGUUUUUGGAGCGGAAUCGACACCUGAGGUCACAAAGCAACGAUCCAACAUUGGAUCCCGACGAAUUACGAUGCCUGACUUCCAGGCGCUCGUCGAAGACGUGUCAUCUCCAAAGAGUGCGACUGUGGACGAGGAAACUUCUCGCAAGAUUAUUUCAUCCGAACAACAUGCUGCUAUGGUUAUUGAAACACGGAACGGCAGGCCGACAGGGAUUGAAAUAGGCUCCGCUGUUAGCUCUGGGAUGCCCAGACAGAGGCAUAACAUCCAGCAAGAUCAGUUGACGCCAGAAGACUCCGCAGACAAAGAACCUGACAAUGUUGAAUUAGGUGAUGCUUCGGAUGAUGCUGCACACCGACAAUUGAUCAUGGAGGCGGGUGGAGCUACGCUUCCUUCCCCUCCUUCGGCCGAGUCGGACACAGAGAUGACCUUGGACUUGGAGACGGCAGAAAUAACGCACACAAUCCACGCCCACGCAAAUGCUUCAGGCAAUGAUACUGCAGCGGAUCAACGACAGCAUCGGCCAGCCACUUUCGACCGUUCUGCUUCACGCGUGCAUCGUAGUACUGCAAACUACAGUGCGAUCUAUGCCCCGCUGCCCCUUAACCUUUCAGACCAUGAGUCAGCAGAGGAGUUCAGUUCGUAUGAUUUGAGCGAUGGCGACGAAGAGCCUGAUUCUGAUGACGCGGUUGAAGCUGAAGCCUCUUCCUCCGAGGAGAUAUCAUCGGGCCAGGAAGACGACCUAGAGGACAUCCAUUCAGACAAGGACAUUGUGCCUGAGCCUAUCGCUAAACCAAAGGCUAAGCCAGCGGCGACGUCAAGAUCCGCUCGCAAGGGCAUCGAUUAUAGUCUUCCACCAAUGCAUGACAACAAGGCGAUUUUCGCAGAUUUGAUAUCCCGGGCACUCGAACUUGGGCUUAGGGAUGCGCUGGAGUCCCUAGAUCGGCCCAUCAAUGUUGCUACAAUGUGUUCUGGGACCGAAUCACCUUUGUUCGGUUUGAUGGCAGCAGCAGAAGCGCUUGAGGCAAAGGGUCAACCCCCCUUCAGAUUCAGGCAUCUGUUUAGUGCUGAAAUUGAGCAGUUCAAGCAGGCAUUCAUCGAGCGCAACUGGGCGCCGGAGCUUCUCUUUAGAGACAUCCGAGAGUUCAUCACCGAGGGAGCUACGACCGCAACUACAGCUUAUGGCGCCGUGGAGACAAUACCUCAAGGCGUGGACAUCUUAGUGGCCGGAUUCUCUUGUAAGAACCUGUCCAGGCAAAACAAUUACCAAAAGAGCCUCAGAGAGAACGGCGAGUCAGGCGAGACGUGGAUGGCUGUGUACGAGUACUCACGGCGGUUUCGACCUAGCGUCGUUCUUCUCGAGAAUGUGAAAAGCAAAGCGUCGACCUGGGACGAUGUUGUGUCCCAGUGGUCGGAUAUUGGCUAUGAAGCUAGGUGGCUGUAUUGCGACACGAAGCGGUAUUACCUUCCACAAACACGCGAACGAAUGUACAUGAUAGCCAUCGAGCGAAAAGAUUCUAGCGAAAAGUCUUCUCAAGGAGCCGAGAACUGGAAACAGACGAUGCGGGACUUCGAGCGUCCAUGCAGCAGCCCAUACGAAGCGUUUCUGGCCCACUUUCCGCGGGGUUCUAUUGAUUACACCGCGCUUACGUCAGAGUGGGCAUGGGAACUGUGCAAGUUAAGGUACGAUCACAUGCGAUCCGAGUUGCGGUUGGGGACUAAGCGUCCAUGCACUAAAUGGAGUGAGAAUGGUACAAAACAGUAA